UUGAAAGCCACCCCUCCUCCAAGCAGCAGACGUAAACUUUGACCUUUCCCAGCGUUCUCUCUCUCUGACAACCGCCAUUGUGGUGAUAGGAUUGUGAAUUCACAAUGUCAUCCCACAAGACCUUCAGGAUCAAGCGCUUCCUCGCCAAGAAGCAGAAGCAGAACAGGCCGAUCCCGCAGUGGAUCCGCAUGAAGACCGGCAACAAGAUCAGGUACAACUCCAAGAGGAGACACUGGAGGAGGACCAAGCUGGGCCUGUAAGCCAGCGGUUGAGCUCGAAGCCCUGCACCCUGCCGGCAGUCCUGCUGGAUGGAGGUCAGGAGAGAAGCCACGUCACCAGGAACAGCUGUCGCUCUCUUUUGUACAGAUUCUACCCAUGUUCAUGUGUGCGCAAUAAAAACCAGCACUCGGUGAAGAAA